GCCGGGCGUGCGCCGCCGAUCCGCAGCAUUCCCGCCCCGUCUCCUCCUGCCCGGCUCGGCCCGGCCCCUCGGGAGCGUGUGGGUGACACUGAGGGAGGAUGGAGCCGGUCCCGACGCCGCCUCCAGUGCCCUGGAGCCGGGAUGGGCCGGGUGGGAGGACGCAGCACUUGGCGGGGCCGUGGAGAGGAGCGGGAGCGGACCCUGAGCGAACGUGUCAGUGUGUCUGGAGCAUCCUUGUGUCCCGGCAGGUGAUGGGAGCAUGAGUGGCAGUGAGGGGGAUCUCCAGCGGGAUGGGCUGGAGGCAGCCCAGCCCUGUGGGGACUUUUUCAAGAGGGCAACUUCUCCUCCGGGCUGUGACGGGGACGUGUCCCUUCUCCCAGACACCGGGAUGGAGAAGGCUUCUCGCCGCAGUUUCCAGAGGCGCAAGGAUGCUGUGGUGCAGCAUCGGGCGCUCCUGGGGGAGAAGACCUACAUCUCCAUCGAGUGCGGGCAGAGCUUCGGCCGCAGCUCCGACCUGACCCGCCACCAGCGCAUCCACAGCGGGGAGAGGCCGCACGUGUGUCCCGACUGCGGCAGGAGCUUCGGCCGCCGCUCCCACCUCAUCCAGCACCGGCGCGUCCACCCGGGCGAGCGGCCGUACCCGUGCCGGCACUGCGGGAAGAGCUUCAGGCAGAGCGCCCAGCUGGUCCAGCACCAGCGCAGCCACACCGGCGAGAGGCCUCACGUCUGUGCCAAGUGCGGCAGGAACUUCUACCAGAGCUCGGGGCUGCUCCGCCACGCCAGCUCCCACUCUGGAGAGAAGCCCCAGAGGUGCCCCCAGUGCGGGAAGGGCUUUGGCGACAGCUCCAACCUCACCGCCCACCAGCGGCUCCUACACACGGGAGAGAAGCCCUACAGGUGUGACAACUGCAGCAAGUGCUUCAGGGAGAGCUCCAAGCUGCUCAUCCACAGGCGUGCCCACACCGGGGAGAAGCCCUACCUGUGCCCGGACUGUGGGAAGGGUUUCAGCCAGCGCUUGCACCUUGUCCAGCACCAUCACACCCACACUGGGGAGAAGCCCUACAAGUGUGCGGAGUGUGGGACCGGCUUCGGUGACAACUCCACCCUCAUCCGUCAUCGUUGGACCCACAGUGGGGAGAAACCCUUCCAGUGCUCCCACUGUGACAAGAGCUUCACUCGCCACUACUACCUGCUCUCCCACCAGCAGGGGCACACGUGGUAGGCAGCAUCCCUAGGUAUGCUCUGGGUGUCAUCCAAGGUCAUCCUGGUCCAGGCCUGUCCAAAAUGUGCCUGAGGUACAAGGGAGUGGACAAGGGUGUCACUACACCAGGUACAGAUGGACAAAGUGAUGCCUUUGGCCCAUGUCUCCCUUUUCAGUCACCUCCUCCCAGCGCACCCUAGGCACGGACAGAAAGAGUGCAGAGGUUGCAGUGGGUAGUUCUGCAUCCCAAGGCCGCAUCCUCCUCUUUCCCUGGUACAGGAAUCAGAUGCCACCUGCCACAUGGCCAAGGUGCAGAUGUUUUGUCACACCUCUGGGUGUCUGCCCCUUCACAACAGCUCUCAGAGCAUUUAUUUUCCUUCCUAUGUGCUUUGUGAAGUGCUGUGUUUACUUAG